AUGGCUGAAGGUGGCGAAGGCGGCCGGCUUCUUCAAGCGCUGUCCAAGCUCGCUAAAAUGCCCCUCAGACGGUUCAGGUACACAAUUCACCUGUAUGACCUGAUCUGUGAAGAUUUCUGGGAAGAUAAAGAGGUCUGUAUUUAUUACACAGACUUUGUCAUGGAGAUGGGUAUUCUUUUCCUAGAUAUGAUGCAUCAUAUCCACAUUCUGCUCUAUGGGAAUAUUUGGUUCUCUGUGGCUGAUUUGAUUAUAUUGACAGACUUACGGUUCUUGUCUCAGGAAAUGCAACACAAGUUACUUCAACACAAAAACUACCUGCAUAUUUAUGAUGUUAUGGACAUGAAGUUUUCUAUGGCUACAAUGGAAGAGCUGGCAUCUCAUGAUGACAGAUGUGCUGUUUGCUGGGAAAAGAUGUACACAGCAUACAAACUGCCCUGUGGGCACCUUUUCCACAAGUAUGAAAACUACCACAAUUCAGAUAGAGAAGGGUUUAUUAUUCAUCCACCCUGGGUACUGAAUGUGAAUGUAAUCUCCCAUGCAGCACUAAGUUGA